GCCGGAACCUCCACGGGAAGGUGGAAGAAGAAGUGGAAGGUGGUCCAGGAGAAAUUUUUUUCGCAGAAGAAAGUUAUCGAGGCCGGCUUUGCGGUGAUCGGAAAAAACGCGCUCGCGGCGACCACGACCGCUAUUGAAAGGAAAAACUCCCUCUCCCCAUAUCGAAAAGGCAUGGCUCCACCAAAAUUUGUGUUGCUGAUUUGAGGUCACAAAUCACCUUUGUCUUGCAAGAAGGCAACUCCACAAGCUCCGCAGCAUUGUGCAGGCGGUUUGUGAUGCUCAUGGGCCUACAGCGUGGACGUUUCUCGUGCUAGACGCCUAGGCCAAAACCGCUCGACUUAGGCCUAGGAAGGGCCUGCGUUCCUCUCCAGCAAGACAAAUCUGAUUUGUGUACGCAGAUCCUGCGUUAGAAGCUCUUUCUUGAUAUGGGGAGGGGGGAGUUUUCCUUUUGAUAAGCGCAGCAGGAUCCUUGCAGGCGGUUUCAGGCGCGGCGGUGCUCGGUGGGCUGUUGACGAGUCGCGAUAAUACCACUACGAAUAACUUCAUCGAGCCGGUCUGCGACUUUCUCCAGAAACAGCUGCUCGAAGAAGCGAAAACCACCAGCACAGCCACUUCUUACCCCGCUGUUGUCGACGGGGUAUGCAGCAUGUUGAAAGCGCAACUUGUUUCUUCCAAACCAGCAGGUGAAAUCCAGAAGCUACUGCAAACCUGCAACAGAAUGCUGAAGAGGCAGCCGGAGACGGCGGGGGGCUGCAUCAUGCGAUUAAUGGAAAUUUGCGGGUGUGAAUUGUUGUUCCACUUGCAUGAAAACGCGAAUAAAGGCACGUCAGUGUCAGAAGAAUUCGUCAAAACGCUUUCCGAGUUCCUCACGACCUCCCAUUCGCUGCACGUGAAGCAGCGGGAAUUCUGUACCCGAGUGUCCGAAGCGGUCGCGGAACAAGCAACACUGGCUGAUGCGAAGGAGGACAAAGCGACCUUUCCUAGAACCUCCGCCGUUCUCGAUCACGUUUUCACCCUCCUCACCACGAAAAACACCGCGCCGGCGCAGGACAAGAUUGCGGCGCUGACGAUGGGGAGCAAGAUGCUGGCCAAGAUGAUCGGGAGCGUGCUGUAUAAAAUGACUGCUUGUAGUUCAGGCGGUGAUGUACAGGAACAGCAAAAUAAGGAACAACAACUACAUCAGGCACAACUUCUUGUAUCCUGUUUCAACACCAUGUUCCUGGAAAAAGUCACCACUUUCAAGUCCCUUCUCGUCAACGGCGCCACCACCUCCACCAGCCUGCUUCUGAAAGAAGCCACCGGCCCGGGCAUGAGCGAAGAUUUGAGGCUGUUGGCGAUCAAAAAUUGCGGCUUGAUCGUGAACUUGGCGAACUUGGUCGUCUUCGGUGACAAAUCCGAUAGCAGCUCUCUUGACAAGCGAAAACAGGUGACACAACCAGUCUUGGACGUGAUCAAGAAGGUUCUAGCAAACGAGAAGAAGGACACAAUUAAGGCCGCCUGCGUGAAUGGAUUGGUAGUUGUAAAAACAGGUAGACCAACAUCAAUAUCCCCAGCGGAGAUGGUCGCGAAACGGAGUAAAAACAACGGCACAACUAGUAGUACCCAAGAAAAGCAGACCUCCAUUCUCUACGAUCUGUCUCCCUUUCAAGAUUGGGUGAAGGAAAACAUCAUCAUCAACGCAACCCUGUGGUCCGCCACUCUGAAGGUCGCGCUCCGUUCCGGGAUGCUUUCCGCGUUGGUAUUCGCGUUGCCGCUUGAGGCUGCCGUGAACUUGAAAAAGGACUGGAAGAAAGAGCAACUUGCCCUCUUCACCGAUGCGACGGAGUCUUUUUUCCUGAACCCGGAAAACUUCAAACUGAACAACACCAUCGCACCCCAGGACCUCUGGUGCGCCGCUUUUUCCGCGGUGCUGGAAACGGCUGUGGUGGAAAGCAAGCUCGAUCUCGCGACCAGGUUCCCCCUCACGUUGACGAAGCAAUCCUCUUAUGCUGAGUAAAAACGUCCCCACCCCAGAGUUGUCAUGCAAAUCUGCAAUGCCAGCCAAAAAAGUUUCUUAUGCGAAGCCCCAUAAGAGGCAUUUACUAGUCGUCUUUUUGAGUUUGUGAUGCUAGAACCAGCAUGAUAUGCUAGACCUAGAUCUGUGAUGCUGCUGAACUAGCGAACCAGGAUCACACUAUUUUGAGGGCAAAAUUGUCAUGCGAAACAGCGAAAGCUGUUUGAUUUGUCUAGCAGAUUUUCCAUCUUGACUCUAGAGUGGGGACAUUUUUCCUCACAAUACCUCUUUGCAGCUCUUCAUCGAGCCGACCGCCGCGUCGUUGGAAACGUCCAGCUGUACGGAGACGGAAGAGGGCUUAUCAAGCGCAAAAAUGUCUGGGUCUGGAAGAUUCUGAGAUUUGUCAUGCUUAUUUUUCAUAGCCCAUGAGGCCUGUAAUGCAUGACCUAGCAUCGCAGAUUUUUAAAGGGCCCUCUGAUGCGUAUUCCGCAUGAGAAACGCCCACUCCGCGUAGCGCAAACUGAACUCCUCUUGCCGGUCAUGCAAUACAGAUUUUUUUUACCUUCCAAAGACAGCAUCACAAGUUACAACCUUCCAGCAGACCCAGACAUUUUUGCAUUUGAUAGGGCUACAUCGUCGUCGAUUCCGAGAAACCGGUGCUGAAACCGCAGAGUUUGCAGAAACUUCUCGACAUGAAAACCAACCCGGUUUUGAAACAAUUUCUCGCUGUAUUGUCCAGCAGCUACGCCGGAAAUAACGCGCAGUUCGCGAAUUCGGAUUCUGUUCCGUUUUUCAAAACGUUGUUAGAAAAACUCGUCAAGUCCGCAGCGGUUUCGGAGAAGGAUAAAACCAUCAGUCCCGCGUGCAAGCCGGACUUGGAUUUGCUUUUCCAUCACUUCACCACCAGUUUGGUGCAAAUAUUUCACCACAUGUUGCAGACUUCCUCGGAGAAAAAUUCCCAAGUUCUCGGCGGGCAGAAACACUUCGAGAACGGGAAAUUGCGCGGGACGACGAUUCUGAACGAGUCGUAUGGGUUCAAAAGAGUUUUGGGAAGAAAGGACUUCGCGCUUUUCCCCACCAGUUCGAUUGGUUCGACUUCUAGUAGUACUACGGCCGCGUCAAGCGGGGAUGGAAAAAAUGCAAGUCUUUCGACCGGAGCAGGAAGUUUUAGCUCGAUAUCUUCUCCCGAGGAGGGAAAUAAUUCCAUCCCGCAAACCGACAUUGUUCUCCGCGCGAUUGUUUUAGACCUUUUGUCCGCCUGCCUCCCUUUCACCGCAGAAUUCCCGGAUGUGACUGCGUGUCUCCUCGCACUGGCUUUCCACCCCGCGAUUUGCCCGAGGAACGGUGGUAUCAAAUGUAAAUAUGUCUGGGUCUGGAACAUUCUAAACAUGUAAUGCUGUCUCUGGAUUCUGAAAAAAUUUGUACUGCAUGACCAGCAAGAGGGCUCCAGUUUGUGCUACGCGGAGACGGCAUUUCUCAUGCGGUAGAGGUAUCGCAAAGCGCUCUGAAAAUCUGUGAUGCUACGGCAUGCAUCACAGACAUCACGGCUCAUGGAAAAUAUGCAUGACAGGUCUAGAAAUUUUCCAGACCCAGACAUUUUUGCAUUUGAUCGGUGGGAGGCAGCUGGUGACGAAAUUGGUGGAAGAGAAACUGAACCAAUCGAACAUCAAAAGCCCGGAUGUGUUUUUUGACAGUUGCUUCCCGCGGUUACAGGCGCUCGCGCUCGCGUCUGAAGAACUGGAUUGGAGCUCUUCUGAGAUGAUGAAUUUUCUCCAGCAAAAUCCGCUCAGAAUCGGCGCGGUCCGGGCGAUCACGUCGCUGUACAAGCCGUCGGCGAGAAACCAUUUGGAGUCUUUGAUGACUCAGGUGAAGUUAAAGAUGAAGCAAGUCAGCGACAGAAUCAACCUCGAUAGCAAAUCCGACGCGAUUGCGAUCUUUUUCCAGGACGAAUAUCAAAAUGAAAAAUCCCCUCUCCCCAUAUCAAAACGGAAAUUUGUGAUGCUGAUUUGUGGCCACAAAUCAGCUUUGUAUUGCACAGAGGCACUGCGGCCAGAUCCCCAGACUAGGUAGGGGCGUAUGGGUCUAGUAGUUCAGCAUGAGAAACGGCCCCCCUUUAGGCCAGACAGCAUGACAAAUCGCUUCCAUAAUGGGGCGGAAGCUUCUGCCCUUGUCUUCUUGCAAGACAGAUGUGAUUUUUGACCUCAAAUCCGCAACACAAAUUUUUGGAAACAUACCUUUUCAAUAUGGGGAGGGGGGAUUUUUCCUCUCAAUAACGAAUCUGAGGUGUUUCACUCCGAGUAUAAUUCCGCCGAAGAUUCGCUUGGGCUUGCACAGUAUCCUGUGCAAAAGUAUCGUACUCGUAUAAAUGCAAGUCAUGCGUUACAAAUCUUGUUCCCAAUGCAAAUCUGCAUUACAAAUUUUAUUUCUCAUGCUGAGGAAAUUUGUCACGCAUUUAUACGAGUACGAUACUUUUGCAGUCCAUACACAGGCGAAAAUCAAAUCAGCGGAUCUCGACGCAGCUCCGGCUGUAGUUUCAGUUGCAGCAGCGGCUCCGAAGACGACCGCAAAGGCUGGUGCGACAGGAGGAAAUAAAUCUGCCGCAGCCCCAAAGUCGAAAGCGAAAGCCAAAGCGGCACCCGCGAAGGCGGCAGCGGCAGGACCUGGGACGACCAUGUUGAAGAAUAAAGGCGCGCUUUCAAAAGAAGAGCAGAAUGAGAUGAAGUUAUUGGAGCAGCUGCAACUGAGACAAAGGAUGCGCUACACGAUUCAGGAGGCGGAGUUGCUGCUCGACUUGUUUUAUGAAAUGCAAAAGUAUCGUACUAGUAUAAAUUGAAAUACAAAUUGGCCCAGCGUUACAAAUUAAAUUUGUAAUGCGGAUUUGCCUAUGAGAAAGAGGUUUGUAAUGCAUAACUGCAAUUACUACGAGUACGAUACUUUUGCACAGGAUAUGUUUUCUUCCUUCAGUUUCAUCCCACAAAAGUCCCAGACAACUUCUUAUCAACUGUAAAAAUGUCUGGGUCUGGAAGAAUUGAUGUUUGUCAUGCUUGUCUGGCAUGAUUCUUAAAUCUGUCAUGCACGGCACCCAGGAGCUCUUUUUUUCUGUGAUGCAGAAACGCAGUUUGUCAUGCAGAAUAGGCAACACGACUAGAAGCUCAGAAACUUGUCAUGCUGAGCCACCAUUUGUGGCCUCAUCAUGAGACGCCGCCCAGCAUCACAAGUUUCCAGACCCAGACAUUUUUACAUUUAAUACUUCUAGCGGGGGGACCAUUUCUCUGUUGGAAAAGCACGUGCCGGAGCUUUUACCCUCUUUGGUGAUUCUGUUAGGUUCCCCACUGACCGCGUUAUCCACCGUCGCGCGGAUCCGCUCCUUCGUCCAAUUAUGAAUUGUAAAAAUGUCUGGGUCUGGAAACUUGUGAUGCUGGGUGGCGUAUCAUGAAGAGGCCACAAGUGCUGGCGCAGCAUGACAAGUUUCUGAGCUUCUAGGUGUUGCCUAUUCUGCAUGACAAACUACGUUUCUGCAUGACAGAAAAGUGGGGGUCUUUGGUAAUGUGCAUGACAGAUUUAAGAGUCAUGCCAGACGAGCAUUACAAAUUUGCAUUCUUCCAGACCCAGACAUUUUUGCGUUUGAUGCCAAUCCGUGGUGCCGAAGCAGGUGAUCAGUACAAGAUGUCUGCUACCUAUCAAAUGUAAAAAUGUCUGGGUCUGGAAACUUGUGAUGCUGGGUGGCGUCUCAUGAUGAGGCCACAAGUGCUGGCUCAGCAUGACAAGUUUCUGAGCUUCUAGGUGUUGCCUAUUCCGCAUGACAAACGACGUUUCUGCGUCACAGAAAAAUGGGGCGCGUGGGUAACGUGCAUGACAGAUUUAAGAGUCAUGCCAGACAAGCAUGACAAACAUGCAUUCUUCCAGACCCAGACAUUUUUGCAUUUGAUACUACCGGAUAUCCUGCAACUCGUCGCGCGAAACGAGAUCGCGCGGGACGUGAAAUGUAAGCACGUGAAGCCGCUGCCGUUGGUGGACAUCAGAUCGGCGAUAGUCUCUGCUGUGGGAGAAGGAGAUAGUACAAGCGAAGAGUUGCUGAAUGAAAACACGACUGCUGAGAACGAGCAAGAAGGUAGCGAAAACAGCAACGAUCGGCAGCAAUCCCAGCUCCUCACACUUCUCCACGGCGUGAGUCACGAAAAUCCACUGACCGCCGGCGGGUUUUCGUUCCUCGUCCCUGUCUUGAUCCAGAUUCUGCAAGAGGCGGACAGUAAAUCUGAGUCUCUCUGCUCGCUCGCAUUGCAAAUCCUAGCGCGGCAGUUGUCGAUUGUGUCGGAAACGCAACUGACGCUGUUGACGACCGAGAUCCGGAUGAACCUGCUUGAAGGGCUGUUCUCCUGCAUCUAUAAACUACCCCGCAUUGCGAUGAACUGCAAGGACACACUGGAGGUGAUCUGCAAGCGGUUAGUGGCGACGGAAAAGGAGUGCAAGAAGCUAGCAAGGAUGUAUCUGCAGUGCAGUGAGAAAGCACGGAAGGUAGUUUUGCUCCCCGGUAUCGCGGCGUUGCUGCAGAACUAUUACGUAAUGAAGACGACUACCGCGAGGCAAGCGUUCCACGCGGUUUUGCUGAUCGGGCUCUGUGAAAGCGCUGGAAGUGGGGGAGGAAGUGCAGCUGGAAACGACAACCACGAUGAAGACGACGGAAUGCGAAACGGGAAUACAGAUGGUAAAAAUAACCCAAGUUCAUCCGACCAGUCCCUUGCCGCGGAAAUUUACGAAUCGUUCGGGUUGACCGACAGUCUUGACGCAACUACGACAGUUCUUCCCGACCUGCUGGAAAUCAUCAAGGGAAUCCUCCCCGCCCCCAUCGUCGAAGCCCGGGAGAUCCAGAAGCUCGGCGGGCUGGCGAUGCUGAAACUGUUGGAACUGGUGCAAGAGAAGCAGUACAGAAUUAACACCCAAGCCAAGUCCUUGUGCAAAACGGGCCGACCGCUCGAGACGAAUGAGGACUACGUGCGGAAUGCAUUCGACAUUUUGAAACAAGCGUAUACCAGCGAAAUCCUGAAACAGCAAGAGUUCUAUUUGAAUUUGAAACUCAAAAAGGACAAACUCGCGGAAGACAAGAAGGCCGCGGUCGAGGCGAAAAAGUUUUUGACCGGGAGCAACGCGCCGAAGUCCGCUCUGGAGAAGGAGAUCGAGGAGUUAGAUGAGAUCAACCGCAAGCAAUACUGGACCGCGAAAUACGGGUUGGUUUUGCUGUUCAAACACAUCUUGUCUCACAACAACCUCGUGCAACUUCCACCCGCGAGCAUUGCGGACGGGACGACGGGGGAGGAUUUCUUACGAUUCUUACUGCACGUGGCUUUACACGACGACCGCUUGCAGGAUUUGGAAGUCAAGGAGAAAUCUACCAUCGAAGACGUUCGGUCUGUGAAGAAGGACGACAAAAAGGACGAAAACAAAUCUUCUCCCGAACUGGAAGAAAUCGACCCGGCCAUCCAACUUUUCGGCGACCUCCGGGAGCUUUUGAUCGCGUCGGGAACCGCGUUGAUCGAGGUGUUGGGGGAAUCACAGGGGGAGAAACUCGCGAAAAUUGUCGAUGAGUUGGAAAUCGCGGCAAUUACUCCUGAGGGAUCGCAACUUGGGUCCGCGGUCUUUUCCGGCGCGCUGGGAAAGUUUUUGAACCCAAAUUCGGACAGCACGAGGGCGAUUUUACCGAGGUUAUUCACCCAGUGUUUGGACGCGAAAUCGUCCAACUCGGUGCAAUAUCAAAUGCAAAAUUGUCUGGGUCUGGAAGAGUGCAAGUUUGUCAUGCUUGUUUGGUAUGACUCGAGAAUCUGUGUUGCAUAGGCACGAAAAAGUCCUCUUACCUGUCAUGCAAAAACGAAGUUUGCCAUGCGGAAUACGUAGGACAUGGCAGCCAAAUUAAUUGUCAUGCAUAGCUGCGUAUCGCAAUGCGUCUAUCAUUCACUUUUAGCAUUACAAGUCCAGACCCAGACCUAUUUGCAAUCCAUAUGCAACUCGCCGUCGUGAAGGUUCUGCCGCCCUUGAUCAAGAUGCAAUUGCAAGUGGAGAAGAACGCGAAACUGACUUCCGACCCCGAUAUCCCGUUGGACUCGAAGUCGACAAUUGAAUCGAAGUUAUUGGAUCUGCUCGACGUCGCGUUUACCGAUAAGGUUGAGACAGUCAGAAGAGGCGCGGCGUUGGCGCUUGGGGCGGUGGUCAAGGGGUUGUCGAUCCAGACCUUGAAGCAAUUCGACAUUAUGAGCAAGAUCGAGCAGAUCGUUAACGGCAAGCAGUCAAACUCCCAGGCGAAGCAGGGAGCGAUCAUGUGCCUGGAGGGGUUGACGCGAUCUCUCGGACGGUUGUUUGAACCCUAUGUGAUCGCGACAUUGCCGAUCUUGUUGAAGGCUUUUGCGGAUUCCGCGCCGAUUGUGCGGACCGCGACGCAGUCGACGGCCAAGGCGAUUAUGGGAAAUUUGAGCGCGCACGGAGUCAAAUUGGUGCUGCCGCAUUUGCUGGAAGGUACAACUACGUGUUACAACUGGCUGAGGAGUGAUUUUUUUUGAGUUUUUCAUAGAUCAGAUACAGAUCGAUUCCAUGUAAAUAUGCAUGAAGAUCAGCACAAAAAUCGCAAACUCGUGUCCGUUCAUCGUAGAAUUGAUGUUCUUGGCAUGAUCAACAAAAAUCAAAAUUUCACAUAUAUUCACUCUAGGUAUCGAUGACAAGCAGUGGCGCACGAAGCUGGCGUCUAUCGAAAUGCUGGCCUCGAUGGUGCAAGGUGCGCCGAAGCAGCUCGCGGUGUCUUUACCCAAGGUGGUGCCAGUCCUCGCGGAAGUGGUGAACGACACGCACGCCAAGGUCAAAGACGCGGCUAAACUCGCGAUGGAGCGCGUGGGACAAGUGAUCUCGAAUCCGGAGAUCCGGCAAUUAGCGCCGCAGUUAUUGACCUGUCUCUCCACCGUGACGGAGAACAGCACGAGAAAAGCGCUGGAUUCCUUGCUGACGACCAGUUUCGUGCACAACGUGGACGCGCCGUCGCUGGCUUUGCUGUGUCCACUGGUCUUGCGGGCCCUGCGCGAGAGAAGUGCGGAAAUGAAGAGGAAAGGUACGUUUAUAUUUUUGCGCUUUACGCAUCAGCAUCACCGACUGCGCUUGGUUCUCAUUGGUUGUGCAUGAGAUCGAUGGAAACAAAGUACACAAGAGAAUGAUGACUUCUCAUCUAUUCAAGCUCAACAGAACUGAAUUGGGACUUUUCGGAAGUUGCAGUUUGUUGACAACAUUUCUCCGCUGUUCUGAAAAUAGUCUGCACAACCAAGUACUUCGUCCAUUGAUUGUUGCGACUUGCAGCAAUUUGAUGUUGAUGAUUGUUUUUCAGGGCGGGGGCAUCAACACUUCUUGCAUUUGGAACAAACGGCUCUGCUCAAAAAAAAAUAAAUUUUAUCACACCUCCAGGUGCCCAAAUCAUCGGUUCCAUGGUUCUCCUUAUCAAGGAGCCCAAGGACAUUCAACCGCACUUACCGGUUCUCCUCCCAGCCCUAAAAAUCACCCUCGUGGACCCCAUCCCGGACGUCCGCGCCACCUCCGCCAAAGCCUUCGGCACCCUCGCCCAGGGUCUGCCGGAGGAAUUACUCGGCGAUUUGCUUCCAUGGUUAUUCACCAUGCUGAAAUCCAAGGAAUCCCCCGUGGAACGGUCCGGUGCGGCGCACGGCUUGUCGGAAGUAUUGAUGGCACUCGGGGCCAACCGAGUCGACGCUUUCUUACCCGAUUUGUUAGAAACUGCCGCGGCGCCAAACACCCCACCAGAGGUGAAGGAGGGGUACCUGGGCUUGUUCGUCUACUUGCCCCUGACGAUGGGCGGGAAGUCGUUCGAGAAGUGGUUCCAACGGGCGCUGGAUGGCUUACUGCGCGGUAUGCAGGAAGAGUACCAAACGGUGCGGGAUGUCGCGUUCCGCGCGGCGAGCAGUAUUUGCAAGCAGUUUGGCGCGACCUACACGGCGCUGAUUUUGCCACCUUUGGAGGAGGGGCUGUUUGAGGUGGACUACAGGAUACGCCACGCGUCCGUGCUGCUGCUGAUGAACGUGAUUGAGUCAGUGCUGAAGGCGAACCGGAUGAAUACGAAUAACGUGGAUCUCAUGAGCGCGGAGGUACUUAAGGGCUAUAGCUUCGGAUGCAGUUUUGGCAUGACAUUUGCUUCUUGUCAUGCGUAAUUGUGUGCAUCACAGCUUUAUCGGCGCCCGACGUUCGAAACGUCGAAGAUUUGUCUUGCGUGAACCCACGAUAUCAUGAUGAUCAAAAACAAUCAGGUAAUGCCCCCGGAGCGUCGCGCUUACGUGUUGUCCUCCCUGUACAUUGUCCGAUCCGACGAGUCUGGUGCGGUGAAGCACGCGGCCACGUCGGCUUGGAAGCAACUCGUGCAGAACACGCCGCGGUGCGUCCGGGAGUUACUGCCGAUUCUAAUGCGAAGACUGAUCCACUUGCUUGCCUCCGCUUCGAAGGAGAAACAGGUGUGCGCAAGUCGGUGCGUGGGAGAAUUGGUGGGGAAGUUGGGCGACAGAGUGUUGCCAGAACUCAUGCCGAUCUUCUUCAAAGCACUGACGACAGACGGAAGCACGGAAUUGGUAUUUUUACUUGUGUUGUUGAUGAUGCGCGUUUUAGGUUUAGCAUCUUGUUCAACAUGGGAGAUAAUUCUAAUUCACGGUGCCGUACACACAUGAUCACAGAUGACCACCGCAGUGGUACAAGAGAUGAACCAUCAUGAUGACAGAAGCAGAUCCUGGAUAGUAGAUGCUGAUAAUUCGAGAUUUUUCCAGUCUUGUACCACGAAGUUGAUCCGUCGGAGGGGUUCUCCGCUGGGUCUUUUUCAGGUGCGGCUGGUCUACUCCCGAAUAAACUUCAGUGACGACGUACUUACAAAGAAUCACACAGUCUGAUGAUGAAAACAGGUCUUACUUAUGCAUGCACACAAUCUUCACAGUGCUAUGUAUCGUGCGCAGCUACAGGAGCUUCACUGAAAACAGUAACAUCACGCAUAUUAAAAUGAACAUAAAAUCAACCUCGUCUACAGGUCCGCGAGGGUGUCUGUAUUGGAUUAACAGAGUUAAUCAACAACUGCUCCCGCCAACUGCUCGUCGACUACGUUUCGGAGCUUGUUCCCGCGGUGAGACAAGCUUUGUGCGACAACUCCGAAUCGGUCCGCAACGCCGCUUCGAAAGUCGCGGCGUUACUCUACUCUUCCGUCGGAACCUCCGCGACGAAUCCGAUCAUUACUGGCUUGCUGAAGGGCUUGUCCAAGGGCGACACGAGAUGUCUCGACGGCCUGGAACAGUUGCUGCAGCGGCAGUCGAACAUGGUUCUGCCGGUGAUUCUAGAAACGCUACCCAAAGCCGGGCCGCCGUGGCAAAGUGCGGCGCAAUUGUACGGAUUGUCGACCCUGUCGAAGUUGGAAGACGAACAUUUGUUUUACCGCCAUAUCACCGACGUGUUAGAACCAAUUCUGGAAACCUUGGCGAGCGAAGACCAGGCAGACUUUAUCGAUGACGCAGUUGAGGCGGGGCGGAAAUUGCUGCAGAAGGUGACGAGCACGGGAUCGAACAUCAUAUUGGGCGAGUUGGGGCAGUGCUUAUCCUCGAAGCGGGGCAGGAUGCGUGCGGCGGGCGGGAUUUUAUUGAGGGUCUUUUUUGAAGAGACCAACGCGGAGAUGCCAAGUAAGAUUAAUCAAUGUCUUUUUCAAUACGUGUGAAGGAGGUGCUCGUUGAAAUAUAUGUGCCAUGCUGUGUGUGCGUGACGAACUCAAGUUGUUCGGUAUACGCAUGGAAAUUUACUAUCCUGCGCAAAACUCUCGUACUCGUAUAAAUGCAUUACAAAUUCCCUCAGCAUGAGAAAUGAAAUUUGUAAUGCGGAUCCACCUUAGGAACAGCAUUUGUAAUGCAUGACUGCAAUACGAGUACUUCCACUUAUGAAAUCCAAGGUAUCAUGGACCUGAUCCUGGACACGCUGCUCCCGAUCGCGGUUUCCGACCCGGAUGAGUUUGCCCUGAAGGAGAACUUCAAGGCCUUCCAAGCGUUAACGAAAAUGGCGAAAAAAGAGGACCAAUCCCUGUACCUCGAGCAGGUGCGGGAAUUAAUCCUCAAAGAAGCGUCCGUCACCGACAAAUCGGGUACGAAAUCGACCGAACAAAAGGGCAUGACGCUCCUAUUGCAAUGAAAAACGCCCCCACCCCCGAACUUGGGAGCAUUUGUAUUGCAAACCUUUCCAAAUGAAACAUGCGCCCCCUAGCAUGUAUCAGCAUGACAGAUUUCCGAUCGUGAAUAGCAAAAAUUUGUAUUGCAAAAGAUCCCAGCAAGAGCGGCGCUUGUCAUGCAAGCGCUGCGACACACACCUAGACUCUGCAUCACAAAGAUUCAUACUCCUUUUAUGCAUGACAAAAACCUUUCAUUUGGAAACUUUGCAUCACAAAUUAUUGCAAUUUCAGGGGUGGGGGGCACUUUUCACUGUAAUAGCUCCCCGGUUUGGCGUUGCCGAACGGGUUAGAACCCUUCUAUCCGAUCUACUAUGCUCUGCAAAAGUAUCGUACUCGUACAAAUGCAAGUCUUGCAUUGCAAAUUUUGUUCCCGAAGGUAAAUCUGCAUUAGAAAUUGUGUUUCUCAUGCUGAGGAAAUUUGUAAUGCAUAGCAUUUGUACGAGUACGAUACUUCUGCAAUGCAUAUCUACCAGCACGGACUGAUGUACGGGUCCAACGAAUUGCGGUUGUUAGCUGCGUAUGCAUUACAAAUAUGUCCGGGUCUGGAAGUGGAAACUUGUGAUGCUGGUGGAGAAAGACGACCACGACGGCUCGAUUGACUGCCAAGUAUGACAAGUUUUGGAGGCGCCACAGUGUUGUCUAUUCUGCACGACAAAGUGAGCUCCUGCAUGACAAAAGGAUGAGGCUUUUGAGUAACCCGCAUGACAGACUUGAGAGUCCUGUUAGCCAAGCAUGACAAACCUUGCAUCUUUCCAAACCCAGAUAUAUUUGCAAUGCAUACUGCGAAGGGGUUGGGAGAGUUAGUGGAUCACACAACGGAAGCGGCGUUGAAGCCGUACGUGGUGAAAAUCACUGGGCCGCUGAUCCGGAUUGUCGGGGACCGGUUUCCGCCGAACGUACGAAUCGCGAUCUUGGAGACGCUGGAACUGUUGCUGAAGAAGGGAGGCGCGUCCUUGCGGCCCUUCCUGCCGCAGUUGCAGACGACGUAUCUGAAGUGUCUCACGGACGCUACGAGUGGAGAGGUAUAAUUUUUGUUCUGGUUAUAAGUUUCGGGAAGGGCUUUGCAAAACUUUUUUGCCUAGACCUGCAGUAGGUAGUUCUAGUUGACAGUCAGAAUGACAGACACAGCGACCUGCUUAGGAUGUUGUUGUGCCAGCAUUUACAACAAGUUUUUUACUCGUAGAAAAUUUCUCCCUCAAAAAAUUGUCUAUUUCGCACCAGGUUCGGUCCAAGGCUGCGGAGUCCCUCGGCGUCUUGGUUGUGCUGAACCCAAGGACCGAUUCCCUUCUGCAAGAACUCGCGAAUAACCUCUCCUGUCAAGCCAGCGGCGCCGCGAACUGCUCCCCGGAGAAGCAGGACGGGUACCGCCAGGCCCUGGCCUGCACGUUGGACCAAAUUCCGGCAGACAAGUUGAAGGAUCCCGUGCUGCAGAAAGUGAAGGACGCGGUGCAGGCCGCGAUAGACGACCACGGGGCGAAGGAUGACGUUUUUGUGGAAGAAUGCUCGAAGUUGCUGCGGAAAAAGUGGACCGAAUGAAAAAAGAAAAAGGAGAGGUGGGUCGAAGAGGUAGAAGUUGUAGUGGGGAGGAUAGAGUAAUGAAAGGUAGCUCGAUGUUGUUAAUACUGAUUACGACGAGCUCCUUCGCUUCUAAAAAGACGACGCGACAAGUACUAGAAUUGUGUUACAGGCAAAUUUGGAAUUACACUUUGUAUUCUGGGUUUGGAUUGUAAUAUCCUAGGAUUCUUUGUUUUUCUACUUCAGUACAAAAUUUUAGUGUGGUGUCAGCAUAAAACUGCCGGCUUUCUCACCCGGGAAGGGCUGCAGUUUUACAGCUGAUCACUUACCUAGGAUUCUUUGUUUUUCUACUUCAGUUUACACUGACGUAUCUAUUCCUUCGAUCGCUUGAAGUUGAAGGUCUCACUUUCUGUGAUCUUCUUUGCAAAGUAAGAUCAGGACCAGGGCGCAACUGAAGCAUACAAAUUAAUGAGUAUGAGCUAUACUCAACGCAGGGGUCAUUUGCUGGACAAGACCUUGCUAUCAUCAAAACAAAAUGAAAAUCGAUGAUGGUGAAGAUUCCAUAUUGGAACUCUUGUUUGUUGUUGCGAAAUACUCCCUCAACAAAGGCCUCGGCAUCCUCGAAGCGAAACAAACGACUACUUCUACUUCCCAGAAAGAAGUUGCGCGGCAAUAUAAUUCCCCCAUAUGAAUGUAAUACAACCCUCGCACGCUUAAAUGUUGACUUGCGCCCUGUUCAGAACAAAAAAGCAGAGGUGAACAAGUGAGGGGCAUGAAGUGGCGGCACUUGAACUUGCCCAGCCCUGCGACCCAUUUCUGAGGGGCGUUUUCGCCGCGUCUUCUCUUGGA